UUAUCAGCAGCAAAGACAAGACAAAAACAUGAAUAAUACUGGCCCCUCCCUCCCCAUUUGAUCUUUUCCCGCCCCCUUUACGUCCCAAAAUACAGAGUCGAACCUGUUGCUCCCAAGCUUAGGAGUCACAGAUAGCUUAGACAACACACAGAGCAGGGGCAGCAGGGGUGAACUUCCAGGAAAACACACAGUAGGUUCACAACCAAACAGGAAGAUGGAACAAAAUCAUCUGUCACUUCAAAUGGAUUACUUAGAAAGAUGAGAGGAGAGAGUAAGAGAACACGCACGUUGAAAGAAGUCCUCCAUGGAGCUUGAUGGUACUUUAAUGAGUUGCUGCCAAGGAAUUCUUCUCCAACCCCGUCCGUCCUUUAAAACCCUUUUACAUCUUCAGCGUUGCUGGAAUAUUGGCAUGGAACACUGGAGAUAUCUUUGAAAAAAUUUCAAAAGAAAAGCAUUAUAAAAGAACAAACUGACGGAGUGAAAGACAAGAAAAAUAGAACGUUUUGUUUCUGCGAUCCAACCACCCCAUUACUCAUUUUAGUUGAAACACAGGGGUGGUGAGAGCCAUGGAUGAAACCACAAAGGGUGUUCAGGAGACAAUGGUCAGCGAGGCUCUGGUUCAGUUCAAUGCCACCUUGCAAGAUGCCAUAAAGGAGGUGAACGUGGACGUAAGUGCUUUCAAGCAGCGCAUAGAGCAGAGGAUCGAGGAAAUGUGCAUCUCCAACGGACGAUUGGCCGAGUCAGUGACCAAGCUGCAGGAGGAGAACCUGCAGCUCAGGGGGAAGCUGGAGGCCCUCAGCCGCCUGGUGGAAGGUCUCGAUGGGGUGAAGAUCGAGAGGAGUCCUGCUGAAGUGAAGGAGAAGAUCAAGCAGGAAAGUAUAGAGAAUGGACAUGCAGAAAUACAGUCCAAGACCCUGGAAGAUCAGAGGGGUCUUGCUAACUCUGGAACCACUACCUCGAACUCUGAACCAUCAGGUUCAAGUGCAGGAUCAAGCCAUGCUGCUGCCGCUGUGGCUGCUGCUCCCAGCAACACCUCAGUCCCUCCUCCAUGGAGAGCAAAGAGACUUGCUGAAAUGAAUGGCACUGAUGGAAAAGGGGAGAAAAACAGUGCCACAACUGCACAAGAGAAUGGGAAUCACAAGCAGCAAGAAAACAUAUCAGUGGACUCCGAUGCGGCCCAAAUUGCUGAAACUGUUCCCAAAUCCCACCAGCCUCUCACCUCCAUCACCAAACCAGGCUCAGUGUCUUCAGCCAUAACUAACUCUUCUGUGGAAACCCCCAAAAUGCCUGACCAGGAAGACUCAAGUCCUCUUACCAAACCCCAUUCUCCCCUCACUGCAAUGACAAAAGCCAGCUCUGAAGCUCCAGCAGUUCCUCAGUGUCCUGCCUCAGUGGCCAAAGAAACACAAGAAACACCAGUGAAAUCAUUAGAGUCUCCUGCUAAAAGUGAUGCUGAUGAACCCCAGCCCCAUCUCCCUGUCACUGCCAUGAGCACCAAACCCAGUCCUGAGGGUCUGCUUGCAGCCAAACCUGCUCAGACUCCAGCAUCAGUGCCUAAAGCAGCAGAGGCUCCAACAGGGGAGGCAGGGGAAUAUCCUUUUAAAAGAGGUACAUCUGGAGCAAAAGAGGUGCCUUCUCGGGUAUCCCAGGAACAGUCAAGCUCUGAAUCCCAGUCUGUCACCCAUCUUCCCCUCACAGCUGUGACCAAGAACAGCUCUGACACUUCUGCUGCACCCAAAUCUGAUCAGAGUUCUGCUUCAGCACUGAAUCCUUCAGUACCAGAAUCCCCAACAAUAAAGCGAGGCCAAUAUCCAUUUAGACGUGAUGUCAGUGAACCCAAGCCGUACCUGCCUCUCACUGCCAUGACUAAACCCAACACAGAGUCUUCAUCAUCUGCUAUGCCAGCACAGACUCCAAGUCUUUCAGGAUCACAGGACACUACUGUAAAACCAGGGGAAUAUCCCUUUAAGCGAGCACCAGUUCUCAAGACAUCCAGUCCCAGUCUAAAGAGAAGUGUGAGCUUCCCUCAAUCAGCAGAAAAAUUGCUUCCCUCCAAAUCAAUCAUAAAAUCUGGUUUCUCACCUAAGUUGGACAAGAAAGUAAACAAAGCAGGAGGGGAUGAGUUAAAGCAGGACUUGAUGAAAUCUAAAACACUUCCACGCUCAAAUGGUGCUCAGGCCAGACGGGCUCUAUUUGAGAGGAUGAACUCAGAGCCUACCAAGCCGAGGGAUUCCAAGCCUAAACUGAAGCGCUCUCAGAGUUUUGGAGUGUCCAGUGCCAGUGGUAUUAAACAGAUUCUCUUGGAGUGGUGCCGCUCGAAAACCAUUGGUUAUCGGAACAUAGACAUCCAGAAUUUCUCCUCCAGUUGGAGUGAUGGGAUGGCUUUCUGCGCUCUAGUCCACUCUUUCUUCCCACUGGAGUUUGAUUACAGCACUCUGGACCCUGCAAACCGCAAACACAACUUACAGCUGGCAUUCACCACCGCAGAGGAGCAGGCAGACUGUCUCCGUCUGAUCGAGGUGGAGGACAUGAUGGAUAUGGGGGACAAGCCAGACCCCAUGUGUGUGUUUACGUACGUCCAGUCCCUCUACAACCACCUGAAGAAGUUUGAAUAAUAACUCUGUAUCAGAGUAGAUUUACAAAGUACACAUUCUCCUUUGACUCCCUGUAUUGCUGUUGGUAACCACAGUGUGUCGUGAACACUUUAAAUAAGCUGACUAAUGAGGAACCCAGAAUCUUAAAAUCACAUUAACAAUGACUUUGGGGUUUGACAAAUAUAUUUCUCUGCCAAAUCAUAUACAUAUUGAUCGAUUUUAUACUGUGUGUGUUCACCAUUUUCCCCCAUUUCAUCUCUCAUCAGAGUGACUGACACUGAUACUUAAAAAUCAAUGGCCGUAAUCAAAGGAAGAAAGAUUACUACUGUGGAGAUGCUUCAGUUAAAAUGAACAGGAGGUUUGCCUAAGUCUUGCAAUGUGGCAAAAUAAACUAAUUUUAUAAUAUUUCCAAUUUUAGGUGUGAAUAUUUUACGUCAUUGUUAGAAAAUCACUUGCUCCUUACUUAAGACUGACGAGUAAAAACAAAUAUCUACAAGAGUGAGAGUUUAAUACUAAUUAAUUGAAGUGUCAAACUGAAGUGU